CUCUCGGAACAUUUCCGAGCUGGCAUCGAGGCUUUCACAGAAUUUGGAUGUCCAAUUCGCGGGAGGGGUAUCGUGAGCUACCUCACCUCUUAUUCUACAGUACAUAUGGUCGCGGCCAAAAUACGAACCAGAGCAUCAGCUAUGAGGAUAACGGGAAUGAACCGAAGAAAACGAAGGAUCUUCCUCAAGUUGAGGAUGAGAAUACAGUUCCAAUCAACUACGCCCGACGUCGCUCUGCAUGCCUCGGCGAUGGAGGUGUAGGCCGCAUGGGAACAGGAGCUUGUUUCACCCCCAAUAGCGUCACGACUGUUGGGGCGACUACCAAAUUCCCGAAACAACAGUUCGCUUCUCGGAGGAGAUUUAGUGAUUACUUCCCCCGCCCAUGUACCAACACCAUGCACACGUAUGAAGAUUGUUCAACAAAAUGGGGAGCCUAUCCUGAUGUUGCGGCUCAGGAUAUCGGUAUUUCAUCGUGUAUCAAGGGAAAGUCAUACGUGUCUCGGCACCCGCUCACCGAAGCGCUAGCUCAACACGGGCAGCAACCCAUGGAUUUACUCUCUCAAACGGGAGUCCUGAACGACAUCACUACGGGUAGCAACCCAGGUUGUGGAACGACAGGGUUCAAUGCGACGAGAGGUUGGGACCCUGCAACUGGAUUUGGAACGCCUGAUUUGCCGAGACUUCUUAAGGCACUUAAGCUUUGA